AUGACAGCCUUGAAGGACUUGAAAUUAAAAGACAAUUGGGGGUAUCGCUUCUCGGCCUUUUGGCUAAGAUCAAAGUGUAGUGAUGGUGGCGACCGGCUCACCUACCACCACUGGAGGACCGUGGACCCGGAGGGGAGCUUCCUAGCGGCUGCCUUCAACUGUUGCCUACGACACCGGCGAGUUCCUGCAUGCUGGAAGGCGUCCCGUACGGUGCUCAUCCACAAGAAAGGCGAGAAGAGGGACCCCACAAACUGGCGCCCCAUAUCCCUUGGUAACACGAUUGCCAAACUGUAUGCUGGAUGCCUGGCAUCCCGGCUGCAGGGGUGGUUGUGCGAUCACGGGAUCCUGUCGCAAUGCCAAAAGGGGUUCCUGCCGCACGACGGUGUGUUCGAACACAACUUCGUGCUGCAGGAGCGCCUUGACGCGGCGCGAACAGGUGGUGGUGACCUGUGCGUGGCGUUCCUCGACUACGCCAACGCCUUCGGGUCAGUGGCCCACAACGCACUCGUCGACUCGGUUCGAGGUGCGGGCACUGGGGACGCCUUCGCCAGCAUCAUCCAGGACCUGUACGAGGACAACACGACGGUCAUCAUCAGCGAGGGAGGCACAACAGAGCCGGUCGCCAUCAAAGCAGGGAUCCGGCAGGGCUGCCCACUCAGCGGGCUCCUUUUCAACCUCGUACUAGACCCAGUGAUCCGGGCGGUGCAGGGAGGCCAACGGCAACACAAGAUCCUGGCCUACGCCGACGACCUCACCCCCAUGGGAGGCAGCCCUACCGAGCUGCAAACAAGGAUCAACGUCGUCACCGCGCUGUCCUCCGGGCUCGGGCUCCAGCUGAACCCAUCUAAGUGUCGGACCCUUCACCUGACUGGGCGGCAGCCUGUGGGCACGAGGCCUACAACAUUCUGCAUCGGGGAAGCAGAAAUCCCCCACAUGACCGACUUCGAGGCGCACACUUUCCUGGGCCGCCCCGUGGGCUACAGGGUCCUGCCCGACACCGCCUGCGUGGACGACGCGAUCGCCCUGGGGAGAUGCCUGCUGUCCUCAAUGCUGGCUCCCUGGCAGAGGCUGGACGCCAUAAAAACAUUCCUCUACCCGGCCCUGAACUUCGCCAUGCGAGUUGGGGCUGUGGGAAAGGAAGAAUGGCGCCGCCUGGACGACACCCUGCGACCCCUCAUCAAACGAACGCUGUACCUGCCAGCAAACUCCUCAAACAAAUACCUCUACGGGAGUGCAGGUGCAGGGGUCGCAGGGAUCCCGGAAGCAGCCGACAUAAGCGACGCGUGCCGCAUUGAUGGUGCGUUCAAGCUGCUCUCGUCGCCAGACAGCGAGGUACGUGACCUGGCACUGCAGGCGGUGACCAGGGUGACUGAGAAGCGGCUCAGGAGACCAGUUGCAGCAGAAGACGUGGCGGCCUACCUAUCCGGAGACACCGAAGGCGACUUCAGAGCAACGUCAACGCAGCUCCAGUCGGUGUGGACAGAGGCCCGCAAAGCCUCCCGACGCGCCGGCGUGACCUGGGAGCUGGUGCCUGAAGGAGCCAGGAUCGCCUGUGGGGGAACUACCAUCUCCCCCAAGCAUCGCCACAAGGUGAUCCGGACACUCCGAGGCAUCUCGACAGCAGCAAACGACAGAGCGCUGCACCAACAACCCAGCCAGGGAAAGGCGAUGGAGUGUGUCGCCGCUGAUCGCGCCAGCUCUCACUUCAUGCGGUCAGGGCGAUACACCCGUUUCACCGACUGGCGGUUCAUCCACCGGGCACGUCUCAACCUGCUGCCACUCAACGGAGCGCGUCCAUGGGCCUCGGCCGUCGACCAACGUUGCAGGGCGUGUGGCUACCAGCAAGAAACCUUGCCACACGUCGUUUGCCACUGCAUGGUCCAGAGCCAGGCCCUGACGCGGCGUCACAACAACAUCGUGAACCGCAUCAAGGCAGCAGCAACGCCCAAGUUCACGGUGACGCACGAAAACCAGCCGGUCGGGGAGUCAAGCCUGCGCCCAGACCUGGUGCUGGCGAGGGGUGAGGAGGCCAUCAUCAUUGACGUCACCUGCCCCUUUGACAACAGACGUGCAGCGCUGCUGGAGGCGCGGCAACAGAAAAUUGAGAAGUAUGAGGCCAUCAAGCAGUACCUGUGCCGCCGCUACCAGCGCGUGACUGUUGCUGCCGUGAUCGUGGGUGCGUUAGGGUCCUGGGACCCAGACAAUGAUGCCACCCUCAGGAGACUAUGCAGCAGGUCAUAUCUACGACUAAUGAAGAAACUCAUUGUGCUCUGCGGUUGCCCUGCGACGUUGCAACACGCAGUCCCGGUUUAUCUGCAAAAUGAGGCUCAUGCAUGCAAAAUCGCAGUUUUCCUGGCCUGUGAUUUGAGAAAAUACGCAUACAAAGAAAAUAAAACGUUGAAAUAA